AUGUCGAAUACUCAAUCGUUUGUCACUGUGAGAAGCCAGAUCAUAUCGCUGGAGUCCCAAACCGAUUCGCUGCUUUCCCGAUACUCGUCCUUUGCUCAGACAACUAGUUCAGAGCCUACUGGUAAGGAGAAAAAUUUGGAUAAACUUCUGGAGGAGAAGUUAACAAAGAGGCAGGAUGUACUGGAAACUUUGACCCAUAUAUGUGACGAGAAUCCGAAUAUUUCAGCUUCAAAGCUUUCGCAAGUGCAGCGCCAUAAGGAAGUAUUACAGGAGCAUUGGAAAAACUUCCGCAGUAUUCGAUCAUCAAUUCAGCAGGAGCGAAACAGAUUGAAUCUGCUCUUCAAUGUGAAGAAUGAUAUUGCGCAGCAGCAGGAGGCUCUUGAGGCGGCAGCCAAUCCUGGCAGCAACGAGGACGAAUAUUUCCAGAACGAGACCAGAAGGGUUGACCAAUCUCACAACAUCCUCGAUAGACUUAUCACUCAGGCCUGGGAGACCAGGGACCAAUUCAGUGGGCAAAGUGGGGUCUUGCGAAGUGCGAACGACAGGGUGCUACAAACUCUGCAGAGGGUUCCAGGAAUUAACCAGGUGAUCACCAAGAUUGGCGUCAGGAGGAGGAAGAAUGCUAUAAUAUUGGCGACAGUGAUAGUGAUUUGCGUCCUGAUUCUGUUCUUUACAUGGUAG